AUGCAACGUCUUGAAUUUGAAAUGUUUGCUAACGAAAUCCUAUCAAGGUUACCAACAAAGUGUGUUGGUAGAUUAAGAUGUGUUUCCAGACAAUGGCGAUACGAAUUGUCGUCAAAAUUGUUUGCGAUUAUUCAUUAUCACCGUACGGCUAAAUAUGAAGAUCCAAAGGUUAUCACGCUGACCAACUCAUCAAUUGAUCUUCUUAACCUGAUUAAUGGAAAUGUAGACAUUUCUUCAAAGAAGACUAUUUCAUUCCCUGUUGACACCUGUCUUUCAAAUCUAACAAUUCUUGCAUCUGAAUAUGGUCUUUUGCUGAUCUCCGUCCAUUGGUUACCGAACGAAUUGAUUCUUUGGAAUCCAACAACUAACAAAUUUAAGAAUUUGUGUGACAAGAAACCCAAACAUUUUUUCGAUUUUAAGACAGAUGCAGUUGGGAUUUAUAUUGAUUCAUCUAACGAUGUUAAAAUAUUACUUCUUCAACGUCGUAUGGAUCAUAUUGUACCGCGUGUUUAUUCUCGGAAGACAUGUGAAUGGAAAACUUUAACUUUCAUGAAAGAUCCGGAUUUAGGUUCACUCUUCUUAUAUUGGUUGUCUUCCGGAGCUUUUUGCAAUAAAGUUUUAUAUUUUCCAUCUGCACACUAUUGGACGCCUGCUAAAAGUUAUACGAUUGCUUUUGAUGUGGAAUCUGAAACUUUCUCGAAGUUUCCAAUACCCCAAUCUACCAAUGUUAUUGGUCGCCAAAGAAGUUUUCUCAAACUCCGCAACACACUUCAUAUGUUUAUUGUUUUAGAGACCCCUGAAACAAUCGUGAAGCUAUAUAAAUUUCAAGAUGACUUAUGGUCAGAAGUGUUGUCUUUUUCAAACGUAAAGUUAUUUUUCUCAUAUGAGGCAUGGCGUAACAAUUUAGAUGAGAACAAAGGUGACACUUGGUCUGUUGAGAUCGAUCGGUGUGGUAUUAUGGACAUACAAAUUGGAAUGAAGGAGUCUCAAUACUUAGGAGACGUUGUGACAUAUAAAGGACUACACAAUGUAGCAUCGUUUGAAGAGACCGUUGUCUCACCUAUUUAG